AUGGCGGCCCGUAACGUCGUGCGGUUCCUCAAGUCGGCCAAAAUUUCCUUCUCGAGCUUUGAUGGGCGGGCGACUGGUGCGUGUGAAUUCUACCGCCAGAUGACGGCGCAGAAGACGCGCAAGGUGAACCCCAAGGCAGAGAUCGAGCAGCACACGACCUUGGCGGGCUCCGUGCCCACUAUCCAACUGGACUUCAUCAAUGGGGGCAAGCACGUGAUGGAAGUGCCUAACAAGAACGUGCGCGAUAUCUUCGAGGAGGUGGACUUCCACUGCUCGCAGAUCGAAACGGAGUACGAGAAACAGGGCAAGUCCAUUGACUAG